GAAACGUGUAGCAAUUUGGGGAAGGCGGAUUCUCCCUCCCAAAUAAAGGUGGCUAAUGGAUCCCCAAAUCCCAACCUUAACCCUCCAAAAUUGAAGCUUGGUCGUCUCUCCGAUCGAAGUUUCAACUCUCAAUCUACGCUCUCCGUUUGAUUCGCCAUGAACACCUUCAGAGUUUUCUUCCUGGCCAUUCUUCUUCUUGCCUCUCCAUUUCUCCGAGUUGCCACUUGUCAAUCGGACUCUGAUGGCGAACCAUCCCAGGUUGUUGAAGAAGCUAGUGAUCUGGGAGUUGUGGGUGAAGAUGUGAUCUUCGGUUCAGCUCCAGGAGUUAAUACUGUCUGCGUUUUUCCAAAAAAUAGUGCACGCAUAGUGCAAGCUGGUGCAGAGACCGAACUACUCGCAGGAGUGAAAAAUGAUGGGGAAUCAAGCUUGAAUAUUAUAGCUAUUAAGGCCAGCGUUCACUACACUUUUGAUCAUCGUGUGUUGAUUCAAAAUCUUACUGGACAGGUUUUCCACAAUGCAACGGUGCCCCCAUCUACCCAAGCUUCUUACCCAUAUGCAUUUGCUGUCAGCAAGUUUUUGCAGCCUGGAAACUUUGAUCUAGUGGGCACCAUAUAUUAUGAGAUAGACCAGAAUGCAUACCAAAGCAUCUUCUAUAACGGUACUAUUGAAGUCAUUGAAGCUAGUGGUUUCAUCAGCAUCGAGACUGUAUUUUUAGUCACUCUUGGAAUUGCACUUCUCGUGAUGCUUGGCUUAUGGAUUCAUGGUCUAGUACAGCAAAAGCUGUCCAAGAAACCCAAGAGGGCUGCAUCCAAGGUUGAAGUGGGAACAAAAACCGUUGAUACCUCGAUGGAUGAAUGGCUUCAGGGAACUGCAUACACUCAGUCCUCAUCAAGCAAGUCAAAGAAGAAGAAUUAAAAAGGACUAGUCUCCAUCCCAGUUUGCAUAGUACACUGACAAUGUGCAGAUUCCAGUAACUCACGUUAGGCAGUUGAAGAUUUGAGGAGAGAGUCAAAGUUGACUAGUUUUUGUAAGUUAGGUGCGUUAAACAACCCUUCCUUGCCAGUGUAGCAUGUCAGGGAAUUGUUUCUUAAUGUCGAUCUAUAUUAAGUCCGCAAUGAUACAGUUUUCUGAAUCUAGAGAAUUUUCCUUGGAGCAUAUGAUUAUCAAAGUUGAAACUUUCUCAACUUUCCUUGGAACCCCUUUUCUGUAUUAGUCACAAUCCUUGCCUUGUUGGAUCAUC